UGCUCCAGCAAUGGCGGCGCCCAUGGGGCGGUUGCCUCUGUUGCUUCCAUGCCGGGGAUGGCGCUUUCUCCGCCGGGCUGAGGCAAAGCUGCGGGCCCGAUUCAGCUCCACGGAGGCCGCCGCAGCUGCUCCGAGCGACCAUCAGGCCCCGGGCAACGAGGCGGUGGCAGCGGAUACUGAAAUUGGCUCCAGAAAGAAGACAUUCAGUGAAGUACUAGCAGAAAGACAAGAGGAAGCACAAAGGACAGUAUUAAUUAACUGCCCAUCCAAAAUCAGUGAGAAAAAAUUUCUCAAAUACUUGUCAUCUCAUGGAAACAUUAAGAAUCACUACUUUUAUGAAAGUUAUGGUACAUAUGCAGUCAUAGAAUUUUCUGAGAUGGACAGUAUAGCUUCACUGCAGGAUGCCACUGGAACCCCACAGUUUGUGGAUGAAUGCCCUGUUCCGUUUAAAUCUAGAAUGUUUACCUUGACACUGAAAAAUCCACCAAGCCAAGCUUCUGAACACACACUGAUUUACUGUCAUAAACAAACUACCAUUCCAGUUCAAGAGCUGGUGAAGAAACUUUGCAACGCUGACAGCGUGAGUGACCAGUUGCAGAUGCUCACAAAGAAUUACCAGCUGACAGAAGAAAACACUAAGCUCCGGUUUUUGGCUUGUUCUUUAAUUCAAGACAUUGCAGGUGCUUAUUUUCCGGACUGCACCGUGAAGCCCUUUGGCUCGUCUGUGAACUCCUUUGGUAAACUGGGAUGUGACUUAGACAUGUUUUUGGACCUGGAUGAAAUCAGGAAAAAUACCACUGGAAGGAAAACAGGUCCCUUUCACAUAGAGUAUCAAAUGAAGAGAGUACCAUCUCAACGGAUAGCAACGCAGAGGAUCCUUUACGUGAUUGGUGAAUUUAUCGAUCACUUCGGCCCGGGGUGUGUUAGUGUGCAAAAGAUACUUAACGCUCGCUGUCCGUUGGUGAGAUUUUCCCAUCAGCCUUCGGGAUUUCAGUGCGACUUGACAGCUAACAAUAGAAUUGCCAUGAGAAGUUCAGAACUCCUUUAUAUCUACGGCAACCUCGACCCCCGUGUGAGAGCUCUCGUGUUCAGCGUGCGGUGCUGGGCGCGCACCCACGGCAUCACCAGUAGCAUCCCCGGGGCCUGGAUUACCAAUUUCUCUCUCACAAUGAUGGUCUUGUUUUUCCUUCAAAAGAGAAAGCCUCCCAUUGUUCCAACCUUGGAUCAACUGAAGGCGCUGGCCGAUGCAAAAGACAAGCAAAUAAUUGAAGGUUUUGACUGUACCUUUGUUAGUAACUUGAACAAAAUUAAGCCCACGGAAAACACGGAAACGUUGGAUGUCCUACUGGGUGACUUCUUUGAAUACUUUGGGAAUUUUGCUUUCAAUAAAUAUUCGCUGAAUAUCCGGAAGGGGAAAGAGCAAAACAAGCCAGAAGCGUCUUCUCUCCAUAUACAGAAUCCUUUCGAACAAAACCUUAAUAUCAGCAAGAACGUCAACGCAACGCAGCUCGAAAAGUUUGUCCAUUUGGCCCGAGAGAGCGCCUGGCUUUUGCAGCAGGAGGGGAAAGACCAAUCGUCAAGCCGUUCUCAGCCCUGGGGGCUGGCAGCCCUGCUUCAGUCGUCCACAGCCACGAAUGCCAGCAAGAGUGCCAGAAGGAAGAGGGGGCCAGCCAGUGAGAGAAUCAAAGGCUUGCUGGAUUCUUUGAAGAUUAAUGGCACCAUUCAGAAAAAACUCUUUGGUACUCAGGUGCGGUCGUUGUAACAGCAUCCUUGAAGCCCACGGAAGUGACGGGCUGGCUCAACAUCUCUCGGGUAGCCUGGCUUCUGCCUGGCAUGAGGUGGAGUAGUAGAGCAGCCUUCAGGCCUUCUCCAACUGGGCAGGUCAAUGUGUUGGUCUCACUGCCUACUUUGAAUUUUCAAUUCGCUCUUUGGGAUGGGAAAAUAUCCAGAUUUUUAUGGAUGAGUUUAUAUUUGGUAUAAGCCAGAAAGGAAGGAAUGAUGGAUCCAAGGAAGGAAGGAAACUAGGAAUAUUAUCGGUUAACUAAGAGGAACAUAAUGCACGCCAACGUCCUUACAGCCACUGAUGAGCUGAAACCAUUUUAAUUUGUUUCUGUAACUCUUUUCCACAUCCAUAAAAUAUUGCAAGGUGAAAUGAAGUGAGCAAAGCGGAGUAGUUUCAUGUAGUACUGCUGUCAUGAAACAUCCCAGUAGUUUAAUUGUACAAGAAAUGGUUUCUCUAGUUUCAGAAUGAGAAUGAAUAUUACAAGCCACGUUUUCGUUUCUGCCUCCAGGCUUCCAGGAAAGGAGUGUGUGUGUGUGUGUGUGUGUGUGUGUGUGUGUUUUAAAGAUAACGUUACCUUGCUGAUCGUGGCACACCUGUAUUUUGAGAUCUUAAUUUAAUUACACUUUGAAAAAGAUUUGGGAAGUUUGAAAUAAUAACAGUGGCAGUCUGUAUUAUUGACACUACCUGGAAUUAAUUCAAAGCCUUUAAUGUAGGUUAUGACCAAGCUUCCUGUGCGAUCGUGGUCUUUUCAACUCUGGUGAUCCAGGAACUCCUUACAGGUGCUGGAACCCAACCUGCAACACACACGCAUCCUGCAAAUGAAAGAGCUUCUCUAUUGAUGUCAGUGUUACAGGCCAGAGCAGAUCCAAGAACAUACCACUGGGUUUGUUACUGUACCUGUGCAAAAAACGUCAUGUUUUUGUACCCUUUGGGGUUUUGUUUGGCUUCCUAUUUUUGUACGUAGCGUGCAAACAGUAGCUCAGUGCCAUCCUUAAUUCUGAUGCUACCCUCUCCAGUGCCAUAUUCCUUCCUUUUCCUUUGGAGACCUGUCACUUUGCCUUUCGCUGUUCGAGUAGGAAGCCGUCGCAGGGUAACGGAGAGAUUCAUUUCAUUCUUGCCAGCCUGAAAUAAAUGGAGGGAUGACUGCUUGGCCUUUCAGACUGUAGUAGGCAGCUUGUCAAACAAAUGAUGGCAAAUUCCUUUGUGUGAAAUAGUACAUAAAAUAUAAUUUUAACUCCUUUUCUAAAACAAGUGCCUGGUAUUUCUUUGAACAUGUCACAGGCUUCUUAUUUUAAUCCUGCAACACUUAAACCAAACAGCACGUGGCAACACAGUCUAGUGUGCAAUGCCGAUCACAUGGUCUUCAUGUCCUCAGGUUCAGAGUUAUCCUGCUCUGUUUCCCAAACCUGUGUACGAUUGUAUAGGUGCUGUAGGGUGGACUUCUCCUCGACCUAUGCAGAGGACGGGGUGCUGGCACUCUUCGUACAGAGCAGCCGUCCCCAACCCAGGUCCUUAUAGAAGUUGUUGAGCUCCAACUCCCAUCAGCCCCAGUCAGCAUGGCCCAUAUCAGUUAUGAUGGAAGUUGUAGUCCAAAA